AGAAAAAGAGUGGAGGAGGAAAAGCUUCGGAGCUCGGGAUCGGCGAUGGAGUCGGGAGCAAAGGCGACGAAGAAGACCGGCGCGGCCGGGCGCCGGGGCGGCGGCGGGCCGAAGAAGAAGUCCGUCUCCCGCUCCGUCAAGGCCGGCCUCCAGUUCCCCGUCGGCCGCAUCGGGCGCUACCUCAAGCUGGGACGCUACGCCAAGCGCAUCGGCAGCGGCGCCCCCGUCUACCUCGCCGCCGUCCUCGAGUACCUCGCCGCCGAGGUCCUCGAGCUGGCGGGGAACGCGGCCAAGGACAACAAGAAGAACCGGAUCACCCCGCGGCACGUGCUGCUCGCGGUCCGCAACGACCAGGAGCUCGGGAAGCUGCUCGCCGGCGUCACCAUCGCGCACGGAGGGGUGCUGCCCAACAUCAACCCCGUGCUGCUCCCCAAGAAGACCGCCGCGGCGGCUGCCAAGGAAGCCAAGCCGGCCAAGGAGAAGACCAAGUCGCCCAGGAAGGCCCCCGCCAAGAAGGCGGCCGACUCUUAGGCCCGGCACUGCACAACGACGGUGCCCCGUCCCUCUCGUCUCCCCUUCCGUGUUUGUCUGUCUGUCUGAUCCACCUAAUCGUUGCUGUGGUUGUUGCAAGUCAUCGAGAUC